AUGAGCGACCCGAACCCCUACAUUAGCAAUGGGACGUGCUAUACUGCGCGAGGGGAAAGGUUGGACGGGAGCUUUAUCCCAUGCGGCAACGAUGCUUUUGGUCAUCAGACCUGUUGUGGAGCGGGCGACAAUUGUCUAGCUGACAACGCUUGCUUCGGGGUUCACGGUGAUGGUUAUGGAAGCUAUUUGACGUAUUGGGCUGGGUGCACCGAUCCAGAUUACGAGGCUGCGACUUGUCCUGACAAGGAACUCGAUCAGCCAUGGGUCGCCCUCACUCUUUGCGACAACAGCAACGGUGAAUGGGCCAUCUGUUCCCAGGAAGGAAAUCCUUCCACGCUCCAGGCGGGAUCGUUCUGCAGCUGCACCGAUGCGGCGUCCGCCACCGUGGCGUUCAGCGAUUCGAACACCCUCACGAGUGUUUGCUCGCUACCGCAGAGCACCGGACAGAGCAUACAAUUCUUCGUCGGCCAUUUCCCCAGCUCUUCCCUAACGUCUGGGUCGGCGGCAUCGUCGCAGAGCUCUGGCCUUACCACCACCAGCGCUGGCGAUAGCUCCUCUGUCGUAACUUCCACGGGAGGGGCUUCUACAGUGUCUGGCAGUAGCUCCGUCACGGUCAUCACGUCAAGCGGCACAACAUUUACAGUCACCACUGCGGCCUCGACAUCCUCUCCAACUGACACAGCAGGCGGAGCAAAUAGCGGUGCCAUUCAGUCAGGGCUCAGCUCUGGAGCCAAAGUGGGCAUCGGCGUUGGGGUGGGCGUCGGCGCACUGAUUCUUCUCGGCAUUUUAUUAGCUCUCUUUCUGCGGCGCCGUAAGCGUCGAAAGUCCCAACAGCCCUCGCAGACAAUGGUUGAGACCAACGACUACGACACUGGUACAAAACCCGCGAAGCCGCGUCCGUCAGACGAACCUCCCAUGUCUACAACGUCGACCGUGCAUCCGGUCUACGAUGCGAACGGACAGAUGGUAUCCGAGGCUGACGGGCGGCCUGCCUAUCCUUGGGCGCUGAGGAACGAGCUCGAGGGAAGCCAGCCGAUCAGGAAGCAAGAGCCCGCUCCCAUCGCCGAGCUACCGGGAAGUGAGAGUUUUACGGGUGAGCAGGGAGCGCCCAACACGCUAGCACAUGAAGCGAACCGCCAAAUCGGUCCUGGGUGGAAAGGGUCGUCGUUGAAGGUGCUGAAUAGUGGCGCAGGGAAAGAGUACCUGCAAACUUCUAGCUAG